AUGACAAGUCCAGACGGCGUAUCGCCAUCGCCAAGUCCAGGUGGACGGAGGCAACGAGCACCUACCAUCACUAUCGAUACAUCUGCUGUCAGUAACAUGAAUUCCAGCCCGCCUCAAGAUGUGGAUAGCGAUUCAGUUGCUUUAAAAGCAUUUCAUAAUUCGCCUACUACUCUACAGGGAGAGCCAUCCAGCCCUUCCACGAACGACGGACCUGCCAGCUUAUCAUUUAAUCGAUCACAUCACGCAAGCCAUUCCAGUCAAGGCAGCCGGAUAUCUAUACCAGAUCUUCGAUCUACACCAUCUUUUGAUAGCAAAGGGGAGAGACCGAAUUUCUCUGAUAGGGAUAGCCGGCCGACAUCACCACACAAUGUUUCCUCGCCCACGUCGAGAGGAGGGGAUAAGGCACAUGGCUUUCUUGCCGUGCCAGGAUUGCGGUCGAGACAAAACUCAGUGGAGUCAGAAGAUGGAGACCACCCAGGUACAAAUUACAGCGGCGACACUUUUGCAAACAGUGCUCAGGGAGACAAGGAUAGAGUUGGGAAUGUACCGGGAAACGAAGAUAUCAUGAACGACCCAGAAGCCCUGACGGCUGACCCAGGCGCGGAAGGCGACUUUGAGGUCCAGGACAACAAUUUUGCCUUUUCACAAGGACAAUUGAACAAACUGAUCAACCCAAAAAGUUUAUCAACGUUCUAUGCCUUAGGAGGCUUGGCUGGGUUGGAGAAGGGGCUGCGGACAGAUCGCAAAUCUGGCCUGAGCGUGGAUGAAGGUGAAUUGGAUGGGACUGUAAGCUUUGAUGAAGCAAAGGAGGCUGCUAAGAACGUGUCGCCGGAGCUUCUCGAUGAUUCAAAGACGCCUCUUUCACGUAUCGACUCGAAAGAUUCAGAACCCUCAGUCAGAAGGACGAACACAACAUCAAAAGAAUUGUUCUGCGACCGAAAACGCAUAUUCAGCGACAAUCGGUUACCGGUGAAAAAAGGGAAGAGCUUGCUACAACUGAUGUGGAUCACGUAUAAUGACAAAGUUCUGAUCCUCCUUUCAAUCGCCGCAGCGGUAUCAUUAGCCGUCGGUCUGUAUCAAACAUUUGGCACCAAGCAUACACCUGACAAUCCUGCAAUUGAGUGGGUUGAGGGUGUUGCUAUCAUUAUAGCUAUUGUCAUUGUGGUAGUUGUUGGUUCGUUGAACGAUUACCAGAAGGAACGGCAAUUCGUGAAGCUUAACAAGAAAAAGCAAGACCGGGAUGUCAACGUUGUCCGAUCUGGUAAAACCCGGGAGAUUUCAGUCUUCGACGUGCUUGUUGGGGACGUGAUGCAUCUGGAGCCAGGAGACAUGAUUCCAGUUGAUGGAAUUUUCAUCCAAGGCCACAAUGUCAAAUGCGAUGAAUCCCAAACCACUGGAGAAUCUGAUCUGAUUCGCAAGCAACCGGCUGAUGUGGUCUAUAAUGCUAUUGCAAACCACGACAGUCUGCGAAAACUAGACCCUUUUAUUCUUUCCGGAGCUCAGGUCACAGAAGGCGUUGGAACCUUUCUGGUCACCUCAACAGGCGUCAAUUCAAGCUAUGGAAAGACUCUCAUGUCUCUGCGAGAAGAUCCGGAGGUUACUCCUCUGCAAUCGAAGUUGAACACUCUGGCCGAGUACAUUGCCAAAUUGGGCGGUGCUGCCGGUCUACUUCUCUUCAUUGUCCUCUUCAUCGAAUUCCUAGUCCGUCUGCCUCACAAUAAUGGUACGCCGACGCAGAAAGGCCAAGAUUUCCUGAAUAUCUUCAUCGUCACUGUGACUAUCAUUGUCGUGGCUGUGCCGGAAGGUCUACCCCUUGCUGUUACACUCGCAUUGGCUUUCGCAACUACUAGGAUGCUGAAAGACAACAAUCUUGUUCGACAUUUGAAGGCUUGUGAAGUUAUGGGCAACGCAACGACCAUUUGCUCCGACAAAACUGGAACGUUAACACAGAAUCAAAUGAAGGUAGUCGCUGGUACUUUGGGCACUAGCUCACGCUUUGGUGGCACUAUCGAUACCUCUCCUAAAGACAUCGCCAAUUCUUCCAGCAAAGGCAAGCAGACUCAAGUGCCAGUAGCAACGGAAAACAUACCAGCACAAGAAGUCGUUUCGUCUCUGGAUCCAGCGGUUAAGGCUAUGUUGACGCAAUCUAUCGUCCUCAAUUCCACUGCAUUCGAGGGUGAACUUGACGGCGCUCAGACAUUCGUCGGUUCAAAGACAGAAACUGCUCUCCUGACAUUUGCGAAGGAGUUCCUUGGAAUGGGUCCUGUUGAUGAGGAACGAUCAAACGCCACGAUUGUGCAGCUCAUCCCUUUCGACUCUGGCCGUAAAUGCAUGGGUGUUGUCGUGCGACUGGAAAAUGGAAAAUACAGACUCUUUGUAAAGGGGGCAUCCGAAAUCUUGCUUGAAAAGUGCUCAAACCUUAUUCGGGACCCUACCAAGGAACCUUCCAGCACCACCAUGACAGCGGACAAUCGUCAAACACUACUCGAUUUGAUUGAUAAUUAUGCCAAUCGCUCCUUGCGAACAAUUGCUAUGGUCUAUCGGGAUUUUGACAAAUGGCCCGCCAAGGGGGCUCGCACUGCUGAGGGUGACAAGAAUGAGGUCGUUUUCGAUGAUAUCUUCAAGCAAAUGGUUCUACUAAGCAUCGUUGGAAUUCAAGAUCCGCUCCGUCCAGGUGUCCCCGAGGCCGUCGCCAUAUGCCAGAAAGCGGGGGUUGUGGUCCGUAUGGUUACGGGAGAUAACAUGAUCACUGCUAAAGCUAUUGCGACUGAAUGUGGAAUCUUUACCGCUGGUGGAGUAAUCAUGGAGGGACCUGCUUUUCGAAAGCUGAGUAAGGCUAAGAUGGACCAAACCAUCCCACGCCUACAAGUUCUCGCUCGUUCUAGCCCUGAGGAUAAGCGGAUUCUUGUCAAGCGUCUCAAAGAGCUGGGAGAGACCGUUGCUGUUACUGGUGAUGGAACCAAUGACGCACCCGCUCUCAAGACUGCCGAUGUUGGAUUUUCCAUGGGCAUUGCUGGUACUGAGGUGGCAAAGGAAGCUUCAGCUAUUAUUUUGAUGGACGACAACUUUAAAUCCAUCGUCAAAGCUAUGAUGUGGGGACGUGCAGUCAACGAUGCAGUGAAGAAAUUCUUGCAAUUUCAGGUCACGGUCAAUAUCACUGCAGUCAUGCUUACCUUCGUUUCCGCUGUUGCUAACAGUGACGAAAAGUCUGUAUUGACAGCUGUUCAACUACUCUGGGUCAAUCUUAUUAUGGACACUAUGGCUGCUCUUGCGUUGGCUACGGAUCCUCCGACUGAAAGCAUUCUUGACCGAAAACCAGAUCCCAAAUCAGCUCCUCUGAUCACCAUCACCAUGUGGAAGAUGAUCAUUGGCGAGGCACUCUAUCAAUUAGCUAUAACAUUUCUUCUCUAUUUUGGGUCGGAAAAAAUCCUCUCGUAUUCAUCUAAGCGGGAGCUUGAUUCAGUAAACACACUCGUCUUCAACACCUUCGUCUGGAUGCAAAUAUUCAACCAAUGGAAUAAUCGUCGUUUGGACAAUAAGUUUAAUAUCUUUGAAGGUGUUACUAGGAACUGGUUCUUCAUGGGAAUUAAUGUCGUCAUGGUUGCUGGCCAGGUCAUGAUCAUCUUCGUGGGUGGAGCAGCUUUCAGCGUAAAACGACUAAAUGGUGCACAAUGGGCAUAUUCAAUCGUCCUCGGAUUCUUGUCCAUUCCGAUCGGUGCUGUCAUCCGUCUCGUACCUGAUGAGUUGAUCCUACGACUCAUACCCGAUUAUAUUAAGAGUAGACCAACAAAGGGACCGGAGUUGAGGAUUUCCGACGAAGAAGAGGCAUUCCAGUUCCCUCAGCCGUUGACAGAUGUCAAGGAAGAAUUAAGUUUCCUCAAGAGGGUCAAGGGUGGUAGGUUGAACAAUCUAAAGUUUGCUAUGCAGCAAGCACGCGACGAAUUUCUGCCACGUUCUAGAAGUGGCUCUCGUUCGAGAAGCAACUCCGUUCCCCAGACACCCAGUGGCGACUCUCAACGCGAGGAUCAAUUUGGCUCUCCUCAGCCACCUCAGCCAACUCCCGAAUCCCGAAAGCGUGGCCGAUCGAACCGCUCACGAUCAAAUUCUGCACUAGGCGCUGCUCUAGUCAUGCCAGGUAUCGUUGGAGGAAGUAUAGCUGGGUGGUCACAGUCACCAAUCGAACGCUCAGCAGAUUCGAUGGCUUUCUCUCGUCAAAAUGGCCGCCAAGAACUUGAGUCUAGAGGCGACGUCGAGAUACAUCCGGACACCAGUUCUCAGGACCCCAUAAUUACCGACGAUCCGCACCAUUUAGGCGCUCCCCCAAGUCAAAUUGACGAGGUCUCUCCCCUUGGUGCAACUCAAUUACCAAACUCAUCAAGACUCACAUAG